GCAUUGUUUACUUGUCACCACAACCUAUACAAAAUGACAACAUUUCGAGACCAUAGAGAUGUUCAGACCCAAAUGCGAGGUAGGAAGAAAGAUCCUAUUGAACAAUUCAUUGGCUCGCCCCAAAUCCUUCUCGAUAACAGUUUAUCACAGCUUAGGUACAUGAUUUUAAUAGAGGGGCUAUCUAUCCCACCAGGAUAUGAUCUGUGUCCUUACAGACAAAGUGUAUGGACCAUAUUAAAUCGAGUAGCUGCAUUUCCUACCAAGGACUAUAUGUCUCUUGUUUCCCAGGCGUCAGCUUCUUUGGAUGAAGAUGUUCUUCAAAAAAUCACAAAUGAUACAUUUAGAACCUUGAUGCAUGAUAAAGCCUUCCACCUGAAAGUUCUGGAACCAGCCCUAAUAAGAAUAUUGUCCGCUAUAGCUGUCACUUCCAACAAUGGUUCAUCGGGAUAUGUUCAAGGCUUGAAUGUUCUUUUGGCCCCCAUUGCAUACACUUGUCACAAAUCUGAACCCCAAGCAUUUGCAAUUUUGCAUCAUUUGAUAACUAAACAAAUCCCACUAUAUGUCACACCAAACUUGGACGGGGUUCAUACUGGACUAUCGUUGGUGGAUAUGGUACUUCAGAUAAUUGACCCGGCGUUGAGUGAGUUUUUUGACUCCAAGUUCUUGAAGGCUGAAAUCUACGCAUUCCCAUCAGUUUUGACGCUAAGUGCCUGUACUCCUCCAUUACUGUCAGUCUUGAAAUUGUGGGACUUUUUAUUUGCAUAUGGUCCACACAUGAAUAUUCUAUUCAUAGUGGCUCAACUAAUCAACAAUAGGUCAAGUUUGUUGGCAUCUUCCCAACCCAUGGAACUUCUCAGGAAAUUCCCACCACUAGAAGAAAGUGAAAUUAUCAAAUUGAGCUUAAGUUUCGUCCCUGAGCUACCAAAAAAGCUAUUUGAUAUGAUUGUAAGACAUGGAUACGAUCCGAAGGUACCUCAUGAAUUGAAGAAGUUUUUACAUGAAAAGAAGAGUAGAGCGUAGGUUUUGUACAUUAGUGUUUAUCUGAUCAUUAAUAAUAAUAUACACAUUUUGUUACUUACUGAGCAUGAUUGUUUUGUUGAAGUCAUCGACGUCAAAGUAUGAGCAAAGAACUGUCCUGUCGUUAUACAUUCUUCCUGCUAAUCCCAAAAUAGCUUUGAAUGCUGAGUCUUCAUUUGAAAACUCGACAAAUAUUCUUCCCAACCCAGGAGUGGAAGAUUCAGUUAAGCCGGGAGUAAAAUCAUUAGCUGGUCUUGGAAUCUUAACCCUUAUCACUUCACCAAACUUCUUCACUUCUUGUUCGACGUCGCUACUGAUAAACCCGUAUGUCUCAUCAUCUUUGAGAUCCUUGGUAGUUACAGCAUUGAUUAUCUGAAUGACUUUCAGCUUUCUGUUAUCUCUUACAACUUCAGAAACUAUGUUGGGGUUGUUAUCUGUGACUGUAGUGGAUAUUAACUGAUUCUUCACGAAACUCUGUAGUGAUGCCAUGUUACUUGGCUGUUCUUGUAUACUAGUUUGAUUUGGUACAAUACAAGCAAAAUCAGCCUUGGAAAAUAUUGAUGAACCCUGCGUUAGGUUCAAAAGCACUUGCUGAACAACUGUAAUAGCCGAAGUUGGAUCAUAACUUUGCAACUGGAAGUUCGCAAAAGCUAUUCCCAUUGAUUCCUUGUUAUACUUUUCCUUCAAAAACUGGAAUUGUUUGAUGGGAAUAUGUUCUUCGAUCGACUUUCUGACUUCGUCCUCUUCGUGCUCAGUCCCAAAAUGGAGUGCCACUUUAUAGGCACAGUCAGGUACGUUUGAGU